CAAGGGGUAGCUUUGCUUUCCACCCAAGCAGACAGGCACCCCAGCUCCUAGGCCAAGGUCAGGGAUCUAGCGGGUUGCUGGGCAGACACAGGCAGGCCCGUGCAAGCUCCGCGCGAAUCCAAACAAGCACCUUAAUUACCGUUCGUGCGCCUGCCAUCCAGACUCCAUCAGCCGGGCGCACAGCUCAUUGAUAUACAAUUAUUGUCUCUCGACCCUCGCAAAUCUGAAAAAUUUCUAAACUCACGAUUCCACUCGAGACUCCAGUUCUCCAUCGCUCGAAAUCGAACCCUUCUCCUUGUCUCGACACAGACGUUUUAUAGCUCCCCUGCUGCUAAGCCGGGCGGCUGCUACCUUCCUCUGCGCCAUCGCGCGCGCUCGACAAAUCUUUGGCCAGAUCUCGGUCAAGUGUUGCUGCUGGGCCGGUCCCGGUUCGUAAGAGGAACACAAAAUAAAAAGAUGGCCGUCGACGGAGGUCUCGCGAGCCACUACCAAGUCCUCGAGGAACUCGGGCAGGGGAGCUUUGGUGUUGUCUACAAAGCUAUUGAACGAGCCACGGGCGAGACUGUUGCCAUCAAACAUAUCGACUUGGAAUCGAGCGAAGAUGAUAUUCAAGAAAUCCAGCAGGAGAUAUCCGUCCUUAGCACUUGCGCAAGCCCUUUUGUCACACAGUACAAAGCUAGCUUUCUCAGGGGCCACAAACUAUGGAUCGUUAUGGAAUACCUCGGUGGAGGGUCCUGUCUUGACCUGCUCAAGCCUGGGUUAUUCAGCGAAGGCCAUAUAGCCAUUGUUUGCCGGGAACUCCUGAGGGGUCUUGAGUAUCUCCACGCUGAAGGGAAAAUCCACCGAGAUAUCAAGGCAGCCAACGUCCUCCUCUCGGACAAGGGCCAUGUGAAGCUGGCAGACUUCGGUGUCGCCGCACAGCUCACAAACAUCAAGUCGCAGCGCAACACCUUCGUCGGAACUCCUUUUUGGAUGGCUCCGGAAGUCAUCCAGCAGGCUGGGUACGACUUCAAGGCCGACAUUUGGUCACUUGGAAUUACUGCGAUUGAGCUUGCCAUGGGCGAACCACCAAACUGUGAGCUUCAUCCUAUGAAGGCCUUGUUCGAAAUCCCCAAGAAGCCUCCACCACGACUCGAAGGCAACUACAGCAAGGAGUUCAAGGACUUCGUUGCCCAGUGUCUGUUGAAGGACUCGGAUCGGCGUCCCACGGCCAAGGACCUCCUAAAGCACAAGUUCGUCAGAAAUGCUGGCAAGACAGAAGCGCUGCAGGAGCUCAUCCAGCGCCGUCAGUGCUUCGACGCCCAGAGUAACCGCAAGUCACAUCCUGUCUACUACCAGGAAACGCUACAGUCAAUCUCCCCCAAGGACACCUCGGAUGAGUGGGUCUUUGACACAGUCAAGUCGGUCCUACCCAGGAAGGCCACCGUCAGAUCUCGCAAGGUUUCGUCCAUUUUUGCUGCCGAGGAGGCUAUGCGCAGACUCGACGUGAAAGAUGGACCCCUGCAACCCUCCUCGCCGGCUCCCGGAACUGUCAGGCGAGCCGCCAAGCGUCAACCAUCUGCCGUCCAGUACCCAUCCUACAAUCACUCACCGACAGGGUCGGUCAUUAUCCACAAAAGACCUUUGCAACCAGAUUUGUCUUUUGGGAACUCCGGGUCGACUAUGCGUUUGUUCCGGCGUGUGCCUUCGGACGGAUCCAUGCCAGAUGUGUCUCCUCUCGAUACGAGUUUUGACAGUUUCAACGACGAAAACCGCCGGUCGAUCGUCCCCGUCACUCCGGUGGAGCCCUCUGGCAAAGAGGGCGUCCUCGGACGACGACUUCAUUCGAAGGCCAUCGAACCUACCUUGGAUGAGCUACACGCCCAGACCUCGACGUUGCAGAAACGAGAGGCUAUUGCAAACCUUGCGGACGCACUAGGCCACCUCAACGCGGUCGAUCCCGAUGGCUUGUACCUCUUUCUCCGAAACCUCAACUCCGCCGUAUCACAGGACACCAGGUUGAGCAACGCCUUCCUACCUUCCGCCACCCCACCAUCCAAGCCUAGCACCCGUGACGGCACGCCACAGGGUGCACCUCCUGGUGCGGCGGUCGCUCAACCAACUCCACAGCCCAGCCCGACCAAGUUGGUACUCAGCCAAGCCAAUCCUCAUCUCAAGAGCCACAGGCGGCGCCAAGGCAGCAAUGUGACUUCUGUGGACGGCGUUGGAUCGCCAACCAAGGUCCCUAGCGCACAGGAUCGAGAGCGGGCACAUGAUCUGAAGAUGGCCACCCUACGCUCUAGACUUCCCGGCAAAGAGCCAGGUCCUGGCAUGGAGCACUACAAGCAACUGUCCGACGUUCUUUAUGGGCGCUGGGUCCAGGGUCUGGCUAUCCGGUUCCCGGCUUUCAGUGCUGCUGCCGAGCAUGAUCUCUGAAUGUUUGAAUACAACUUAUGGUUCCAAUAAGGCCCCAAAAUGUAGGGAUGCUACCAUAUGGGGCCUUGCUAGCCAUCACGACAACUGGGUGACUUAAUAAGCCGGGUAGGCCUACUUGACUGAGCGCACGGGUUCUAUCAUCUUGGGCCUCUACAGUGGCGCAAAAAUGCUUGGACCCCCCCCCCC